UCAGGUCAAGGACGCGCGCAGUGCCAUAAAGACAUCCUUGUGACUUCUGGUCGUUUUGACUGAGCGCUGCUGCUGAUGCUGUGCGCACCGCACUGGGCCGGCCUCAGCCAAUCACGGCCGCCGGCGGCGCGAGGAGGCGGGGGGAGCGUCCGUCACAGCUAACGGACCGUGGUGGGGCAGAAGCAGAUCGCAUUCUUCGUCUGUCGAAGCUACGGUAUCACGUUCAGGUUCACGGACUUCUGACUGGGCUUUUCCCCCCCCUUUGAUGAGAACAUCUUCACCCUAAGGCGCAGUAUACUUUUCAUCUAACCGUUAUCCAUGAGAUUCUUCAGGCUUACCUUCAAGUGCUUCGUCGACUGCUUUUGAAUCUCCCUUUGUCAACGGCUCAACUGACUGCGGCGCCUUGUGACAUUUUUCCAUCUCUUAGCUGAGCUGAGGGUUUCCAACUGCGUGUUAAUCUUUGAAAAAAAAAAAAAAAAACAACAAAAAAACUGCGACUUUUGAAAAAGGAAAAAAAAAGAAAAGAAAAUUUCGACAAGGCGAAAUAACAAACUCGGGGAAAAAAAAAAAAAAUCAAAGAGACAACUGGAGCUCUGCCCGCCGUGGCUAGCGUUACAUCUCCCUGUCUGCCUCUGUGAGCCCGCCGGGUGCCUCGUUUAGCCGGGCACCGUGACACAACUCCAGCAGCCCCCUGACUCCAACCAGAUAACAGUCAAAUCUAUUUCUGUGCUGCUAACCCAACAACAUGUCACCUGAGUUGGAAGAGAACAGCCAAGGUGAUAUCAGUCUCCCCCAGUUAGAGGCAGGGACCCUGUCUGAGGAGGAGGGCGGGUCAGCUCACCCCCUCGUGCCUGUGCCUGGCGCGGGCCCAGGGUGUGGAGAGGGCGGAGGGGCUGGCCCACCGCAGACCCAGGAUGGGGUUGCAGCUGGAACAGGAAAUGGGGCUUUAGCAGUACCAGCUGUGGAGAGGGAAACUUGGACCAGACAGAUGGAUUUCAUCAUGUCCUGCGUGGGUUUUGCUGUCGGCUUGGGCAACGUGUGGCGGUUUCCAUACCUUUGCUACAAGAAUGGAGGAGGGGUUUUCCUGAUCCCAUACUUGCUGAUUGUGUUCAUCGGGGGCAUCCCAGUCUUCUUCCUGGAGAUUGCACUGGGACAGUUCAUGAAGCAGGGAGGGGUUUCUGCAUGGAACAUUGCACCCCUCUUUAAAGGUCUCGGCUUGGCCUCCAUGGUGAUAGUGUUCUUCUGUAACACCUACUACAUCAUGAUUUUGGUGUGGGGCCUCUACUUUCUCUUCCAUUCCUUCACCACCCCACUGCCCUGGGCCACUUGUGGACACCCCUGGAACACCCUCAACUGCACGCAGGACUUCCGCCGUGCCUGCCACAACCGCAGCGCUGGCCAGCAGGCUCUGCCAUCAUCUGCUGCCACCCCCAACAACCUCCUCUCCUCCGUGUCCCCGCUGAACUUGUCUGCAGCCCAGUUCCUCCUCAACGGCAGCUGCGCAGAGGCUGAGGGCAUGCGCUCCCCUGUCAUCGAGUUCUGGGAGCGUAAAGUGCUCCGUCUGUCUGGUGGGCUUCACGAGCCUGGUGACAUCAGCUAUGAGAUGGUGCUGUGUCUCAUAGCCGUCUGGAUCAUUGUUUACUUCUGCAUGUGGAAAGGAGUCAAAUCUACUGGCAAGGUUGUGUACUUCACAGCUCUGUUCCCCUAUCUGGUUCUGGUCGUUCUCUUGGCCCACGGAGUCACUCUACCUGGAGCUAUAGAUGGGAUUGUUUACUACCUGAAACCUGACUGGUCCAAACUUGGGGAAGCACAGGUGUGGAUUGAUGCCGGCACCCAGAUUUUCUUCUCCUAUGCCAUCGGACUGGGCGCCCUGACUGCACUGGGCAGCUAUAACCGCUUCCAUAACAACUGUUACCAGGAUGCGUUUUUGCUGGCUAUCAUCAACAGUGGAACCAGUUUCUUCGCAGGCUUUGUGGUGUUUUCUGUGCUGGGCUUCAUGGCUGCAGAGCAAGGCGUGGACAUCAGUAAGGUAGCUGAGAGUGGUCCAGGCCUGGCCUUUAUAGCCUACCCCAAGGCUGUGACUCUGAUGCCUCUGGCACCACUCUGGGCUGCACUUUUCUUCUUUAUGUUGCUCAUACUGGGCCUAGACAGCCAGUUUGUUGGGGUUGAGGGUUUGAUCACGGGAAUCAUGGACAUGCUACCCCCUAAAUCUGCCCUGGGCUCCCUGCGGCGAGAGGUGGUGGCAGCCAUCUGCUGCGUCAUCUGCUUCCUCAUCGACAUGUCUAUGGUCACUGAGGGAGGGAUGUAUGUCUUCCAGCUGUUUGACUACUACUCUGCCAGUGGCAUCACUUUGCUGUGGCAGGCCUUCUGGGAGUGUGUGGUGAUCGCAUGGGUCUAUGGCGCGGACCGCUUCAUGGACGACGUGGCUCGUAUGAUUGGCUAUCAGCCCCUGCCCUACAUGAAGUGGUGUUGGUCCUACAUCACGCCUUUUGUCUGUGUGGCAGUGUUCCUGUUCCACGUGGUGAACUACAAGCCCCUGAAAUACAACAAUGUGUAUACUUACCCCUUGUGGGGUGAAGCCCUUGGCUGGGCACUGGCCCUGUCCUCCAUGCUCUGUAUCCCUGUCACCGUUCUCUACAAACUACUACGCUGCAAAGGCUCUUUGCGGGAGCGGUGGCAACACCUAACCACCCCAGUGUGGGGCAGACACCACCUGGAGUACCUGGCCCCUGAGAGCGAGGCCAAGCUGCUGCCCCCUGCAGGAACCAAGAGUACACUGCUCUUCGAAAGUGUCAUCUGACGCGCCGAGCCCCUGCAGAACACAGAGCCACGGUCACCCUUGUCAUCAGCACACACAUUCACACACAAACUACACGAAAUACGUGCACACCACACAGGCCUGGUGAGGGCAAAAUGCAGAUUAACACACCCCAUAGUUACAAAAAUACAGAAAAGCCCUGGACAAAUGGACCAAAGAUUAGACGGGAGAAGAACUGAAACACACCCACACAGUCAUCACAUGCUGAUAUGCCCACUGCUCUGCUUUCUGACUCUACCUCGCUGACUUUCUCUCUCUGCUCCCCGCCUUUGUGCUGUCCCGUCUCGUCCUGUGAGUGUGAUGUGUCCAGUGUAGUUGUGAUAUCUUCCCUCUCUGUGCUUUCCCUGUCUGUCAUGGAUUCCGCGACCUCAUCCGUCCUGACAUCUCACCUCAUUUUUUCUGUGCUGCAGAAUCUUAAAAGAUCCCUGAAAAAAAACAAAAAACUUUCUCAAUGAAAGACCUCAUUUCUGCUGCUGAUAAUGCCAUGGUCCGAAUGUGUGCUUAUGUGUGUUUGCGCAUGUGUGUGAGGGCGUGAGAGGUAUGUGUCGGACCGUGGCAGUGGUGUCUUCAUUCACAUGUGACAUUGCUUGUGGCCAUUGUUUUCUGUAUUCUCUUAAUCAACUGUACAAAAAUAACUUCCAUUUGUAAAAAAUAAAAAAAAACAAAGAUUCAACAAAAAGAGA